CUUGGGGUCACAGCCCCCUCCCGGGGAGGGGGCUCGUCGGCCAUGGGUGGGGGUCACAGACCUCAGGCCCCAAGCCCGUCCCGGGGAGGGGAUCGGGUUCCCUGCCCAGGCGCCCCUGGCCCCUCCCCUGAGGCCUGCGGCCCCUCCUCCGGCGCCCUGGUGCCGGUCUCUGCGGCCCGAGGCGGUUCUCGAGAAUCCGAAGGGCCUGCGCCAAACGCGUCGCUGGCAGCAGAGGCCUGGGACAACUCGCAGCCUUCGUCCUCGUCGUCCUCCCGACUCUCUGCACGGCCGCCGACUGCGACCCUGGGGACGUGCUUAGGGGUGGCGAGGUCGCCGCUGCGCCAGGCCGGGUGGGACGGGAUGGCGGUCGCCACGUUGCUGGAGGCCGGCCUGGCCCGGUUGCUCUUCUACCCGACCCUGCUCUACACACUGUUUCGCGGGAAGAUGCCGGGUCGGGUGCACCGCGACUGGUACCACCGCAUCGACUCCACGGUGCUGCUGGGCGCGCUGCCGCUGCGGAGCAUGACGCGCCGGCUGGUACAGGACGAGAACGUGCGCGGGGUGGUCACCAUGAACGAGGAAUAUGAAACGAGGUUCCUGUGCAACUCCUCACAGGAGUGGAAGAAAGUAGGAGUUGAACAGCUGCGGCUCAGCACAGUAGACAUGACUGGAAUCCCAACCUUGGAUAACCUCCAGAAAGGAGUCCAGUUUGUUCUCAAGUACCGGUCACUAGGCCAGUGUGUCUACGUGCAUUGCAAGGCUGGGCGCUCCAGAAGUGCCACCAUGGUUGCAGCAUAUCUGAUUCAGGUGAACAACUGUAGUCCAGAGGAGGCUGUACGAGCCAUCACCAAGAUCCGGUCACACAUCCACGUCAGAUCCGGCCAGUUGGAAGUUCUCCAAGAGUUCUUCAAGAUUACAGCAGGGCUAGCAAAGAAUAAGACUCUUCACACAUCAGAGACAUGAAGAACGUGGAUUAGAAAGAACUCAAAACAACUCUGCUUACUACAGAAUAAAAAAGUUUAACAAAACCAAAGGGGCUUAAGCCUAGACUUGACACACCAGAAAUGUGCCAAGUAAUGGAUAAUUUGCUCCCUUUGUCUUGUUUCAGUUUCCUGAAAUAACACUGUUGUAUGG